AACAAGUCUGAAGAACCAUUGCGAUAGGAAAAUAUUAUCUUCAGUUUAGAAGCUUGCGGCGCAUAUCAGUCUUGAAAAUAUUUCCAAGGUUGGCAACCAUUCUCCUGUGAGUUUACAGAGCCAUUCAGCCGUCUGAAAUGACAGGCCCAGAAGCUAUGCCCAGUCCAGUGGCCGCGGGGUUGUUGGAUCCUGUUCCCAAGAGCUUUCGUAGCGGACAUGCCCCCCGACCAAAUGACGCGUUUAUCGCCUUGAUGGGCAUAACUGGCUCAGGAAAGAGCUCAUUUAUAACAAAAUGCACAGACAAGACCGCCACGAUUGGUCACGACAUGAUAUCAUGUACAUCUAUCGUUGACGUGUACCCGUACGAGGUAACAUCCGACUUUACGGUAUAUCUCAUCGACACGCCCGGCUUCGACGAUACUGGAAGAAGUGACACUGAAGUCCUUAGUGAGAUUGCUGCUUGGCUCACAGACUCUUACAAGCACAAAAUUCGUCUUCAUGGCAUAAUUUAUCUCCACCGAAUAUCCGAUGUUCGUAUGCAAGGCUCAGCUAAAAAGAACUUGGUCACAUUCAAAGAGCUGUGUGGUGAAGAUGCGCUGAAGAAGGUGGUUUUGGCGAGCACCAUGUGGGAUAUAGUCCCUGCAGACAAAGCUACAAAAAGAGAGCAAGAGCUCAAAGACACGCCGGAAUUUUGGGGAUGGAUGCUUUCAAAGGGCAGUUCAAUUCACCGAUACAACAACACAGCAGAAUCUGCUAGAGAAAUUAUUCUCUCGCUAGCCAGCCACAACGCGCCAAUAGCCACCGAUCUUCAGAAGCAGAUGGUCGACGAAGGGAAGAGUCUGGACGAGACAUCGGCUGGCCAAGGACUCAAGAGUGAACUCCUCAAAGAGCGACAGAAAUUAACCAAGGAACGCCAGGACCUUCAAGCACUAAUUAAAGAGGCACAGAAAGAACACGACGUCGACACGGAGGAGGCUCUACAAGAAGAGAGUGAUAGAUAUGCAGUCUUGAUCAAAAGGGCGGAAGAGAGUGCCAGAGCUCUGAAGAUUACUAUGGAGAAUCUCGUCGCCAAGCGAGAUUUGCGCGUUGCAGAAAUGACCAAGGAGAUAAGAGAAGUCCAGACUGAGUACGAGACCAACUUCAGGUUGAUGACAUUGGAAGAGAUCAAACUGAACAAGGAGAAAGUGGCGUUAGAGAAACGACAAAAGCAACGACAAGGGAAGUCGGGCUCAAAGGCAGCAGCCAGCGCUCAAGAGGCUGACCCACCACUACCUGGACAACGUCCAGAAGCGGGAGAAGGAGACAUUCCUGCCCCUAAAAUUGGAGUGUCGGUAUCUAUUAGCAAGUCCUUCUACAUCUUGCAGAGCCCUCUUUGCUGGAGUUGCAACGAGGUAGAACUCCAGGAGUUCCAUAAUGGCAAGCGCAUGGAGCUUGGAUGUUUAAGUGCGGUCAGUGACAACAGGACAGCAUGGAUUGCUCGUUAUGAUGUUAACGACUGGAGAUGGUCAGCAGGAUUCGAAUGGCAUUACCCAUUCCUAGCCAAGUGCAUCAAAUCCUACGGCCUUGAUGCGGUCAGGCUAUGUGCACUUGGCUCCAACAGCCAUUUCUACACCAAGUGGAAAGAGUUUCGAAUGUAUAACUGUUCAGAAGCGUUCUCCAGGACGAUAAAAAACAGCAACUGCUCGGUGAAGGCAGUGUGUUUUGGCUACGGAAGCUCAUUCCUGAUCUCUUAUGGUUUUGAUCACGGUCAUCUUGGCUGGACGCAUGACCUCCAGGGCUUCUACCCAAGUCUGAACCGAUUUCUCAAUAGCCAAAAGAAAUCAGGGAAUAAAAUCAGCAUACAUGCCGCGACACUUGAUCCCUUUAGUAGAACCGAUUACCUUGUUGUUUUUACUGAUAAUGAGGGGAGAGAAAUUAGUAAGAUAAAGUAUAAAAUGCACUGUUCGAAUAAGGCCACCCGUCGGGCAGUUGAGAAAUGGUGGGAGGUGACUAAAGGGCGCCUGGUGCCUCGCCAACGAUGAUGAGGUCGGUAGCGCCAUACAUAACGCCGAAGGUAAAAACUCUGCCAGGCAAGCAUAAAUAAACAUUGUUCAUUCUGAGGCGAUUGACUUUGACGUCUGUCGAAGAUGAUGCGUCAAAAUACAAAGUUUGUUUUCUCAGGUAUGAUGUCUACCGGGCUAUGGAUGACGGCGG